AUGGCGGAGGCAGCGGCAGCCGCCCCUCUGUCUGCAUCCCAAGCCGGUGACUACGAAUCGCAACACGUCCACGACGUCUAUGAUGCUAUAGCACCGCACUUCGCAGCCACGCGAUACGCGCCCUGGCCAGCCGUAGACACCUUCCUCGCUUCGCUACCGCAUCAUGCCCUAGUCGCUGAUGUGGGGUGUGGAAACGGAAAAUAUAUGCUGGUUGCUGCUCGUUCUCCCAACGCACCAUUUGUUGUCGGGACAGACAGAUGCGCUCCUCUUGUUGCCAUUGCAGCCAAGCAGAAACUCGAAGGCUCACGGGUUGACGCGAGGUUCGAUGCUGGCACCGCGGACGUACGGGACUUGCCUUUCAGAGAUGGCAUCUUCGAUGCUGCCGUCAACAUCGCCGUCGUGCAUCAUCUCGCAACUGAGGGGCGGCGGGUCGAGGCCUGGCAGGAAACUAUGAGAAUCCUUCGGCCAGGUGGACGAUUGCUAGCCUAUGUGUGGGCGCUGGAGCGACCGUCCACACCGACACCGAAAAAGGGCAACCGGGGCGCGAAGAUGCUGAACCGGCGCUUUGAGGCACAAGACGUGUUUGUGCCAUGGCAAAUGCGAAGACGAAAAGCGGGUGCGACAUGCGACAAGAUACUAGGGGAUCCCGAAGAAACACAUAAGAGGUUUUAUCACGUUUACCGGCAAGGUGAACUGGAGCAAGAGCUUGGAAAAGUUGCACAUGCAAGGAUAGUUCGGUCUUAUUAUGACCAUCAAAAUUGGUGCGCAGAGGUCGAAAAACUGUAG